CUUUUGUUUGUCCUGAAUAGUGAAUCCUCCUUUUCAAUACCCCCAGGCAAAUUAAUGUUUGCAUUUUCAUCAAAGUCGCAAUGGCUAACCAGCAAAUUGUCAACUCUGUUUCUUCUUCAUCUUCUGUGGUGUCUCUGAAAAAAUAUGAUGUUUUUCUUAGCUUUCGCGGUGAAGAUACCCGCAACAACUUCACCAGCCAUCUUCAUGAUGCUCUGACCCGAAAGAAAGUGGAGACCUACAUAGAUUACAGGCUUGAAAAAGGAGAUGAGAUCUCACAAGCACUCAUCAAAGCCAUACAAGACUCACUUGUAUCUGUUGUCAUUUUCUCUGAAAACUAUGCUUCCUCUAAGUGGUGCUUGGAUGAGAUCACUAAGAUUCUUGAAUGCAAGAGGGAUCAUGGACAAAUUGUUAUACCUGUGUUCUACAAAGUAGAUCCAUCCCAUGUGAGGAACCAGAGAGAGAGCUACAAGGAAGCUUUUGCAAAGCAUGAACAAGAUCUCAAGAACAGUGAUGACAAGUUGCAGAAAUGGAGAUGUGCCCUCACUGAAGCAGCCAAUUUGGCUGGUUGGGACUCUCGAGUUUAUAGGAAUGAAACUGAAUUCAUUAAGGACAUUAUUGAAGACGUUUUACAAAAACUGAAUAUCAGAUACCCAAUUGAAUUGAAGGGAGUGAUUGGAAUAGAGAGAAAUUACACAGGGGUUGAAUCAUUAUUAGAAAUUGGCUCAAGAGAAGUUAGAAUAAUUGGAAUAUGGGGCAUGGGUGGCAUAGGUAAGACCACCCUAGCACUUGCUUUACAUGCCAAGUUGUAUUCACAAUUUGAAGGUCAUUGCUUUCUUGCAAGUGUGAGGGAAAAAUCAGAAAAGUUUGGUGUAGAUGUUUUACGCAAUAGACUUUUUUCUGAGUUGUUAGAAGAAGAAAAUCUUCGUGUUGUGGCACCUAAAGUUGAAUCUCAUUUUGUGUCUAGAAGGCUUAGACGCAAAAAAGUUCUUAUUGUUUUGGAUGAUGUGGCUACCUCAGAACAGUUGGAAGAUCUCAUAAGUGAUUAUGAUUGUUUGGCACCGGGAAGUAGAGUGAUUGUAACAACUAGAGACAAACACAUAUUUAGCCAGGUGAAUGGAAUAUAUGAGGUUAAGGAAUUGAAUAACCAUGACUCUCUUCAACUUUUUUGCUUGAAUGCCUUCAGAGAAAAGCAACCCGAAAUUGGAUAUGAAGAGCUAUCAGAAAGUGUGAUUGCAUAUUGCAAAGGCAACCCUUUGGCUUUAAAAGUCUUAGGUGCGCGUCUUCGAUCAAGAAGCAGAGAAGCAUGGAAAAGUGAAGUUAGAAAGCUCCAAAAGAUUCCAGAUGUGAAAAUUCAUAAUGUGUUGAAAUUGAGUUUUGAAGACUUAGAUCGUACUGAGAAAGACAUAUUUCUAGACAUUGCAUGUUUUUUCAAAGGAGAAUAUAGAGAUCAUGUAACAAGUUUACUAGAUGCUUGUGAUUUCUUUGCAGCCAUUGGGAUAGAGGUUCUUUUAGAUAAGUCUCUUAUAACCCUUUCAAAUAAGGACACAAUAGAAAUGCAUGACUUGUUACAAGAAAUGGGAUGGGAAAUUGUUCAUCAAGAAUCUAUCAAGGAUCCUGGAAGACGAAGUCGAUUAUGGGAUCCAGAGGAAGUGUAUGAUGUGCUGAAAUAUGGAAGGGGAACUGAAGCUGUUGAAGGCAUAAUUUUAGAUGUGUCUAAAAUUAAGGAUCUACAAUUGAGCUAUGAUUCCUUUACAAAAAUGACUAACAUAAGAUUUAUUAAAUUUCAUUAUGGGCAGUGGAAUGGCAGAUGUAAGCUAUACAUUCCUGAUGGUCUUAAAUCAUUGUCUAACAAAUUGAGGUACCUUGAGUGGCAUGGAUACUCUUUGGAGUCUUUGCCAUCAACAUUCUGUGCUAAAUUGCUUGUUGAGCUUUCCAUGCCUUACAGUAACCUUGAAAAGCUCUGGGACGGAGUUCAGAAUCUAGUGAAUUUAAAGGAAAUCGACCUUAGAUUCUGCAAAGACCUGGUUGAGGUGCCAGACUUAUCUAUGGCGACAAAUCUUGAAGAACUAUCUCUUGCUCAGUGUAAAAGCCUGCGUCGAAUUCAUCCAUCCAUUUUAUCUCUCCACAAGCUUCAGGAUCUGGAUUUAGAAGGCUGCACAGAGAUUGAAGGCCUUCAAACUGAUGUCCAUUUAAAAUCUCUCCGCAACAUUCGUCUCAGCAACUGCUCAUCCCUGAAGGAAUUUUCAGUCUUCUCAGAGCCACUAGAGAGACUCUGGUUAGAUGGUACAGGCAUUCAAGAAUUUCCCUCAUCACUUUGGCAUUGUGAGAAACUUAGUUUCAUCACUCUACAAGGUUGUGACAGUCUUGAUAAUUUUGGGAACAAGUUAUCCUAUGAGGCUGGAAUGAAAUCUAUUAACUAUCUAGAACUUUCUGGAUGCAAACAACUCAAUGCAUCAAAUCUAUGUUUUAUCCUUAAUGGUCUACAUUCUUUAAAGGAUUUGUCUUUGGAAGAUUGUUGCAACUUGAAAUCACUCCCUGACAACAUUGGCUUGUUAUCAUCACUACAUAAGUUACACCUAAGCAGAAGCAAUGUUGAGAGCUUGUCUACAAAUAUCAAGAACCUUUUGAUGUUGAAAGAGCUGAAGUUAGACAACUGCAAAAAACUUGUGCAUCUCCCAGAGCUUCCACCUUCCCUGCAAGUAUUAAGUGCUGUUAACUGCACAUCUCUGGUUGUCAACUUCACUCAAUUGCUUAGAUCCUUUUCACUCAAACAUGGACCUGAAGAGCAUCGUAAACAUGUUUUUCUCCCGGGAAACCGAGUCCCUGAGUGGUUUAGCUUUCAUGCCGAGGGGGCUUCAGUAACCAUUCCUUAUCUUCCACUUUCUGGCUUGUGUGGCUUUAUUUGGUGCUUCAUUCUUUCUCAGUCUCCGACAGAUGGAAAAUACGGAUAUGUUGAAUGUUACAUCUACAAGAAUUCCAAGAGAGUUGAUGGCAAAGGUACCUUUCUAGGUGAUCAGAAUUUGAUUACGGAUCAUGUGUUUCUUUGGUAUACUGACAUCAUAAAAGGUGGAGUCAAGCAUUCCAUGCAGAAGGUAUUGGAAGAAAGUAUAGCUUGUGAUCCUUAUGACAUAUCAUUUAAAUUCUCUCAUGAAGAUGAGGAAGGAGAAUGGUCAAUGAAGGGGAUAAAGGGAUGUGGAGUUUGCCCAAUAUAUGCUUCUGGAAAUAGCUAUUCCUUUCAACAAGAGGGAUUGGAGUUUGAGUUUGGGAAUAGUUCUGUAGAUACUGUUGAGUUAGAACCCAACAGUUCAAAUUAUAUUGAUGAGUUACAACAUAGAGCAACUGGAUUUGAAGUCAAAGGGGCUAAUCAUAACAAUGAAAAAGACCUGACUAAGAAAUUGCAGGAUGUUAUGCACCAAACAAUUAUAACAGAAGAAGACAGAGAAUAUCAUGAAGAGGGAAAAGGAACCAAGGGAAAACAAAAACUACUAGUAGAGGAAACAAAUGUAGUUUAUCUGACCAAGAGUUCCAUAGAAAAAACAGAAGUUCAUCAGAGACAUGCUAGUAGUAGUAGUACUCUCUCCAUAGAUGCAGGCUUUAACCCCAGCAACAACAACAACACAACAGAGACAAUUUUGGAAGUUUCAGUCUCUAGUGUUCAUGUUCCACCAACUAAUGCUGAUCCACUGGAGAUUACUCCAACAGAAGAAUGUGCCACUUUUAGGGACAUUGGAGCAAUCAAGAAAAGGCACAUCCCUCUUUUAGAGGAAGCAAUAGCAAAUUACCCGUCUCUUUGGUCAUGGCGUGUGAAAUUCACUCGUUCAAAAAUGAGAGAAUUUGGAUACACCAUCUUGGGUGAUAUGUUGGAGUUCCUCUCAGUGACACGGUGGGGAGACCUCACUGAAACAAAAAAAGCUGAAUUUGAGUCUUUAGUGUGUGAGUUGGAGACCUUUGGGUUUGAUAUUCAAUGGUUGAAGAACACAGAGACACUGAUUAAACAAAGCAAGAUAGAUAAGGUAGCCAUUGAUCACAUGAAGAGACUUGAAGUGCAAGUAAAGGAACAACAAACUGUUGUGGAGGAAUUAGAGGAUCAUCUUCAGGUGGCCAAAGUGGAGCUAACAAAUUUGAAAUCAGAACUGGGCAAUUUAAGGUGUGAGCUUGGAAACUUGGAUGACUUCAUUGGAUUCUGAAUUAGGAAAAUGAAAUUUGAUAUUAUCUUUUUCAUAAGUUCUGCAAUGAAGCCAUCUUGGUCAUAAAAGUUGGAUAACAUGCUCAUGAGGCUGUAAUUUUUUGUUUGCAUUUCAUUUUAUUACAGUAGCUGAUCAAUCCAUUAAGAAUGGCAAACCCCCUCUUCCUAACACGCUCAAACACAGCCUCAUGUUCCUUAUUAUGACAAUACAAGUUAAGCAUGGAAUCCAAGACACAGAAUUAGAACAAA